AUGCCACUAAUUUAUACAACUCAUAGAAGAAUUGUCGAAACCUCCAUUCUGCAAAGCAUUUAUUUGGGCUUAGAACUGGAUUAUAACACAGAAAUUGACGAAGUUGAGUACGCAAUUUGCACACACGAUGGCAGUUAUUCUAUCGAUUUUGAAGUUUCGUCAAUUGAUGUUUCGGAUAUCUCGAGAAAAGAAAGUCACAAAAAUGUGGAAUAUAUUGAAAAAAUUUCUAGAGUAAUUCUUGAGAAAAUUCGCGCUUAUGCGAAAUCUCAGAACUAUAAAAUUCAAGCUAUUGGACUUGGUGCUCACAUAAAAACGCGAGAACCGAGAGGCAAUAUAAAUGGAAAGAAUAUUAAUGCAUUGUUGUUUGAAGCACCAAGCCUAGCAUCUAAGUUGUGGCUGGAACUUGAUAUUUUGCCAUUUGUUUUUGGUACAAGAGGAAGAAGCGUUGAUGAACGAGCCAGUUCAGCAAUUAGAAAAGCUGUUAUUUGGAUGAGUCCGCAAAUGCCAGGUUCAAUUCCAAGAAUUUCCGUUGGAUACAGACAUGAAGUUGAAGUCGACUUAAACGGAAUUGUGAAACUAGUGGAUCUAGUACAUUAUGAAAAUACCGUGUGCCCAGAAACUUGGAAAAUUUUAUUAAAAAUUGUUGGUCAAUUAAAAACCAAAAAAAAUUGCUCUUAUGCGUCAUGCGCUUAUUCGUUUUUGUCGUCUCUUAAAACUGGAUUUUCAUUGGUUCGUGGCCAAGCCAAGGCCGGAAAUUUUCGACAUUACGAAGAGGAAAUUUCACAACAUUUUGCAGGACCUUCUGACGCGCGUUUGACACAGGAUGAUAAAGAUGCAUUUAUAAGUUGGUCAGAUAACAACGUUGAACGUUUCUGGUGCGAUGAAAAUGGGCCAAUUAAAACAAGUGACGUUAUUAUUAUUGACGAUCCGCAAGUGUGUGGUAUUAUUCCACAUAUUAAGAAAUUAAACCCAACUUGCAAAAUCAUUUAUCGUAGUCAUAUAGAAAUUUGUGCUGACCUUAUUAGAGACAACCCAACUGGUCCCCAAGCGGAAGUUUGGGAUUUUCUCUGGGGGUUUAUCUCGCAAGCCGAUCUUUUUGUAUCCCAUCCUAUAGAAAAUUUUGUGCCAGACAAUGUUCCCUGUAAAAAAGUUGUCCUCCUUCCAGCAUCUACAGAUCCAUUAGAUGGGUUGAACAAAGAUUUGAGUCAAUCGGAUCUGAAUUAUUAUAAAUCGGUUUAUAAUAGAUUAUCUAUCGACCAAUGUGGUAUUGAAAUUGAUUUCAAUAGGCCUUAUGUUGUUCAAAUUGCAAGAUUUGAUCCUAGUAAAGGCAUUCCACUUGUAAUUGAAUCAUUCAAGAUUUUCCGUGACAAACUUAGAAGAGAGGGCUGGUCUCCUGAAAAAAUGCCAUCACUAAUAAUUUGUGGAGCUAGUAGCAUUGAUGAUCCGGAUGGUAGCCCAAUUUAUGAUCAAACUUGCUUGACAUUACAGCGAUCAGAAUAUGCUGAUAUUGCGGAUGACGUUUCUGUUGUUCGUCUUCCGGCGUGUGAUCAAAUAUUUAAUACCAUGUUAAGGUGUGCUCAUGUCGCGUUGCAGCUUAGUACGAGGGAAGGAUUUGAAAUUAAAAUUACGGAAGCCUUGGCUAAAGGCACUCCGGUAGUGGCAUUUAGAGCUGGUACGAAAUCGCAUUGUAGUUUUGGCGGUAUUCCGCUUCAAAUCAAGCAUGAAGAAACCGGAUUUCUUGUUAACAUUGGCGAUACAGCUCAAGUUGCUGAUUAUUUAGUUACACUAUUUACAAAUGAUAAAUUAUAUCAGAAGAUGUCUUCUUUAGCAAAAUCAACAGUAAAUGAACAAUAUUUUACAGUUUCUCAAACAUUGAAUUGGUUAUAUUUGAUUGACCAAUUUGCAUCUAUAAGAAAGAAAAGUGUGGAGAAAAUCGAUAAUAAUGAUAUGGUGGUAGGAGAUUAUAAAUGGGUUAGAGAACUUUUAGCGGAACAAUAUGA